CCAAAACGUGGGACAAACAACCACCAUUCAACUUCACGUCUUUCGAAACGACAACUCACGGCGCAUCGACUCGUGAAGCCCAACUGCUACCGGACCCUAGCAAGCAAGCUUGGCCAUCUCCCCGCAAAAUACCAAAACGACGAAGAGUGCAGAAGGCACAGAAUGUUGCCUUUUGCUUUUUGAAGAGAGAGAAAAAGAAGACUGCGAAACAUGGGACAGACUGGGGGUAAAUGGACCCUUCAUCACAAGUGAAGGCAUUUAUCAUACCACAAGCAUCACCAACGUGAUGCGGCCUUCCCGCAAUGGAUCAUCCCAGGAAAAACUUGAAAACCAAACACGAUGAUCGGGUCAUCCUCCAUUUUGAUCUCGAUUGCUUCUACGCCCAGGUCUUCGAAAACAAAACCCCCUCUCUCAAAUCCCUCCCCCUCGGCAUCCGCCAAAAGUCCCUCCUAGCAACAUGCAACUACCCCGCGCGCCGUCUCGGCGUCAAGAAGCUCAUGUCCAUCGCCUCCGCCCUGGCCAUCUGUCCGGACCUGGUCAUCGUCGACGGCGAAGACCUGACUCCCUUCCGGGACGUUUCCAAGCGGCUUUACGCCCUGCUGCGCUCGUACUCGUGGAACGACAGGGUCGAAAGACUGGGGCUGGAUGAAGUCUGGAUGGACGUGAGUGAUAUGGUUGAGUACAAUCUUGAGUUGCUGAACCGGAAUGAUUUGGAGCAUUCGUGGUUUUGUUUAGACAAAGAAGAUCCGGAGAAGGGGUUUGCGUUUGAUGGGAGGGGGUUUGCCGGGUGUGUUUAUGGGCGUGAUCACUUCGGUCUCGAGGGGACUGAUGAUGCCGAACUGCUAAUAAGGACCAAACUCGUCCUCGCCUCCCAUCUGGCUCUUUACCUCCGUCUGAAGAUCGAAGAGGAAGGAUACACCACCGCCUGCGGGAUAUCAACGAAUAAACUCCUCGCCAAGCUGGUCGGUAACGUGAACAAACCUCGGAACCAGACUACCCUCUUAUCUUGCGGGCCCGACGGCGAGGAAAAUGUUAGAAGAUUCAUGGGAAGCCACCAGCUGAGGAAAGUACCCGGGAUCGGAGGGAAGACGGCUGCUGUCCUCUCCGAUUUCUUCAUCUCCGGGUCUAAGCCCACCCCAAACUCAAACUCAAACUCAAACUCAAACUCGACUAUAAACCCAAAAGAAAUAUCCAUCGCCGACCUCCUCUCCCUCCUCAAAAACCCCCCUCUCACCCCCUCAAAACUCGACUCCCUCCUCUCCCCACUCCCAGGGGGCCAAGGAACAGGCAGCAAACAAAUCCUCUCCCUCCUCCACGGCCACGACCCGCUCCCCGUCAAGCCCGCUCGCUCGCUCCCCACGCAAAUCAGCAUCGAAGAUACUUACCACUCCAGUCCCUUGACUUCUCUCGAGCAAGUACGCCAAGAGCUGGUCAAAAUUACUCAGUCGUUGUUAAAAAGACUGAGGACUGAUUUGUGGGAUGACGACAAAAAGAGGUGGGUGGCAAGGCCUAGGACACUGAGGUUGACGACUAGACCGAGGACGACGGACCCACCGAGGGAGAAUAGAGGGUAUGGGUAUGGGUAUGGGAGGGUUUCGAAGAGCCAGGGGCUGCCUGGGUAUGUUUUCAGUAGUCUCAGUGCCGGGGCCGGGGGUGGGAUAGGAAACGGAAACGGCGAGGGCAAGGGCAAUGGCGACGGUGAAAACACGGCGGCGAUGGCCGCGCAGAUUCAUGUUACCAAACGACUGGUGACGGAAACGUUACUACCCAUGUUUCGCGAACUUAACCCACUCGGAGGCCCCAAAGACAAGACAAGAGGAAGAGGGUAUUGCAUCGGGUUGCUAAACGUUUGUGUGACGAACAUGGACUCUGUGGAGACAUCGGGCAGCGGGGGAGGAGGAGGAGGAGGAGGAGGGAGGGAUAUCAAAGACAUGUUUACGAGCGCGAGGGAGUUUACUGUUUAUGAUCAUUCCGCUGCUGAUCAGGCCGGCUACGAUGCAAAAACAACACAACAACCUGGAAUCGAAGAAACCAUAGACGACGACAUGGUUGCGGAGGAGGUGGAUAUGGAUAGUGACAUCACCUCCCCCCCAAGAGGGAACAAGAACGACGACAACGACAACGACAACGACAACAUCAACCACCAACAAGAUCCCGUUCUUGACGUCUGCGACUACGAGCAAGAUUCGAGAAUACCAACAACUACCUCUAACGAUUACUUCCACAUUGAAGAUGACGACGACAUUUGGGAUGACCAAGAAGACAACACGUGGAAUAACGAUGGACAGUCUGAAGAAGAAGACAUGAUGGACCAUGACUACCCGAGAGACGCAGGUGGUAGUGGCGAGGGCAUAAAUUGCCCCCUAUGUAGCCAUUUCAUCCCUUUAUUCGCUUUAUCCGCUCAUGAGCGGUUUCAUAGUAUGGAAGGGGAAGAAGGGGACUAGCUAGGUAGACUUGAUAGAGGUCAUUUAUUCUUCUUACAACUAACCAAUCGCCAAACAAUUCAUGAACUUAACCUAACCUCCCAUUCCACUCGUGUUAUGCUAUGCUGACCUGUUUCUAUGCCAUUGAUGUUAUGCCAUUCUACUCCAACCAUGCUAUGCUAUUUCCCCCCUUAUCCAUCCAUCUAUCCAUUCCCC